CUCGACGCCAUGGUCACAACUGCGGAGGAUAUCAGGACACUUAGCAGUCAAGCCACUCUGGCAGCUGAAGAAUUUUCUAAACUUUAUUAUGAAACAUUCGACAAGCGGAGACAGGCCAUUUCUAAAAUAUAUCAAGACAAGGCCAAUCUUGUAUGGAAUGGGCACAUUUUGUCUGGUUCAGAGGCGAUAUUUAAAUUCUUCGAUGGUCUCCCUCAGUCAGAGCAUGUCGUUGAAGGAAUGGACACACAGCCAAUAGCUGCAGGGACAGUCAAUGAUGAAGUCAGUAACUCUAUAGUUGUGACAUUCCUGGGCAAAGUCAAGUUUAAAGGAUCUGAUUUUAAAGUGUUUACACAGACAUUUAUAUUGUGCUCACAAGAAAACAAAUGGAAGAUUGUCAGUGAUAAAUUUAGAUUUAUGGAAUAA